AUGGCUGUGACAUCUCUGACAGUUGUUUUCUGCGAGUUGUUUGUCUGGUAUCCAUCAGAGGCCUCUGGAGACCUGGGCCUGACUGGAGAGGUCCCCAUCAAGAUGUUAGGGGCUGUGAUUAAUAUGAAUGGUAUUCAGGUCUUUGUUGGACCGCCUUCUGUUUCAGUAGAAUUCAAAGAGCAGUUUAGUAAUGAAGAUGAUUUUAAAAGGGGUUUGGAUGCCACAGAGAUGCAGCUGAGCCUAAAGGGGAUGAAUGGACUUUGUAAGCCAAAAACUAUGUUUUGUGCUAAAAGAAAGGGAAAACUUGGAGGCCUUUGGAAGGAGGUGGCAGUGGGUGGAACUCAUAGCGAAGCGCUUGUGGAGUUCGGCCGGAAGAGCAACCAAGGUGAAGAUGCUGAGCUGGAAUCCGGACAAUUAUGUUUGCGAAACCAAGUAUUUGCAAAACCAUUCCUUGCCUCGCUGGAUGGUCACCGAGAUGGAGUCAAUUGCUUGGCAAAGCAUCCAAAGAACUUGGCUACUGUCCUUUCUGGGGCAUGUGAUGGAGAGGUUAGAAUUUGGAACCUGACUCAACGGAAAUGUAUCUGUACAAUACAAGCACAUGAAGGCUUUGUACAAGGAAUUUGUACUCACUUUUGUGGGACUUCUUUUUUCACUGUUGGUGAUGACAGAACUGUGAAGCAGUGGAAAAUGGAUGGGCCAGGCUAUGGAGAAGUGGAAGAACCAUUACAUACAAUAUUAGGAAAGACAGUGUAUACUGGGAUUGAUCAUCCCUGGAAAGAAGCUGUUUUUGCCACAUGUGGACAGCAAGUAGACAUUUGGGAUGAAAAAAAAACUAAUCCUAUAUGUUCAAAGACCUGGGAAUAUGCCAGUAUGAGUAGUGUUAAAUUUAACCCAAUUGAGACAUUUCUUUUGGGAAGUUGUGCCUCUGACAGGAAUAUAGUACUAUAUGAUAGGAGGCAAGCUACUCCUUUGAAAAAGUUUACCUUAGACAUGAGAACAAAUACAAUCUGUAGGAACUCUAUGGAAGCUUUCAUUUUUAUAGCGGCAAAUGAAGAUUCUACUUUAUAUACUUUUAAUAUGUGUGCACUGGACACUCCUGUAAUGGUCCAUAUGGAUCAUGUAUCUGUAUUCCUUGAUGUGGAUCACUCUCCCACUGGGAAAGAGUUUGUAUCUGCUAGUUUUGAUAAAUCUAUUCAAAUCUUUCCUGUGGACAAAAGUCGAAGCAGGGAGGUAUAACACACAAAGCGAACACAACAUGUUAUCUGUUCAAAAUGGACUUCUGACAGCAAGUAUAUUAUGUGUGGGUCUGAUGAAAUGAACAUUCGCCUAUGGAAAGCUAAUGCUUCUGAAAAAUUGGGUGUGCUUACAUCACGAGAAAAAGCAGCCAAGGAUAAUAACCAGAAAUUGAAGGAAAAAUUUCAGCACCAUCCUCAUAUAAAACGUAUAGCUCGUCAUUGACAUCUAUCAAAAUCUAUCUACAGCCAAAUUCAGGAAGAGCGCAUCAUGAAAGAAGCUUGUCGAUGAAAGGAAGUGAAUUGUAUUAAACACGGCAAGCCUGGAUCUGUGCCAAUUGUGUCAGAGAAGAAGAAACACAUAGUGGCAAUUGUAAAAUAAUUGGUAUUCCUAACAAUCGUGAUGUAUAAUUAUUUUUUACCUUUGAUUUGAGAAGUCUACAAAUAAGUGUUGGG